GCGACGCGCGCGCGCGCCCGGAAGUGACGCCGCAUGACGCGGUGGGGCGCGUGCAGGGCGGCAGAAGUCCGGGGUUGCAGGAGAAGAUGGCGGUCUCCACAGGAGUUAAAGUUCCACGUAAUUUUCGCUUGUUAGAAGAACUUGAAGAAGGCCAAAAAGGAGUAGGCGAUGGUACAGUUAGCUGGGGACUUGAAGAUGAUGAAGAUAUGACACUUACAAGGUGGACAGGCAUGAUUAUUGGGCCACCAAGGACAAACUAUGAAAACAGAAUAUACAGUCUGAAAGUAGAGUGUGGACCUAAAUACCCAGAAGCACCUCCAACAGUUAGAUUUGUAACAAAAAUUAAUAUGAAUGGGAUAAAUAAUUCCAAUGGAAUGGUGGAUGCGCGGAGCAUACCAGUUUUAGCAAAAUGGCAAAAUUCUUAUAGCAUUAAAGUUGUACUUCAAGAGCUAAGGCGUCUAAUGAUGUCCAAAGAAAACAUGAAGCUUCCACAACCUCCAGAAGGACAAACAUACAGCAAUUAAUUUUAACAAAUCUCAAACUUAUCUAAACCAACAACCUUCUACUCAUGUUAAUGUCUUGAUUAAAUCUCACAAUGCAAAACCCACACAUUAAAAGAAUUCCAGCUGGUAUACAUGACCUGGACAUUUGUAAGAAUAUAUUUAAUAUAUGUACACCCGUUAUGUUUUCAGGCACAAUGGGAAGAAAAAUGCAGCACAAUUUUUUUUUUCUCUUAUCAAGGCACUACCAUUUAAGCAUAAACCUGGAGUACUACAAAUGGAAUUCAGGUUUUACAAGAUGAAAGCAUGACAAGAAGUGUCAGAUUGCUGUGGAGUAAUGUAUGUUUCAGAAAUCUAAUUUCUCAAGGAGGAAAAUUAUAAAUGGCAUGCUUGAUCCAUCUUGCUUAGUGAAAGAGCUGCAAUUUAAAUUGUUUAAAGUAGCAGGUACAAUAAAUACUGUUGCUAAUUUUGUUUAAUUUUUGAAGAGGUGUGGGUACCGACUACUAGUAGUAACAAAGAGUAUGUUCAGGAUUGUUUUGAUACCUGUAUUUAUAAAAAGGGGGGAGGGAGUGAGGGAGGGAGAUGGAUUUCUGUUUUAAAGCAGCUCCUGUGUGUUACAUGUAACAGACAUGGUAAAUACUUGUUUACAGUCUUUGUUCUGAUAAACCAUGAAUUUAAGUUUAAGUGAAAAAACAAAGGAAAUAGGUGUAUGGAUAUGUGAUUCUGAGAUUAAAGUUAGUCUUAAAAUGUAAAUAAAAUGUGGAAAGUA